AUGUCUGUUACUGCCUGCCAGGGCUUGGGGUUUGUGGUUUCGCUGAUCGGGUUGGCAGGCAUCAUUGCAGCCACUUGUAUGGACCAGUGGAGCACCCAGGACUUAUACAACAACCCAGUGACAGCUGUAUUCAACUUCCAAGGGCUAUGGCGCUCCUGUGUCCGAGAGAGCUCCGGCUUCACGGAGUGCCGAGGCUACUUCACCCUGCUGGGGUUGCCAGCCAUGUUGCAAGCAGUACGAGCCCUCAUGAUUGUGGGCAUUGUUCUGGGGGUCAUCGGUAUUCUAGUAUCCAUCUUCGCCCUGAAGUGCAUUCGAAUUGGCAGCAUGGAUGAUCCUGCCAAGGCCAAGAUGACACUGACCUCAGGGAUCCUGUUCAUCAUCUCAGGAAUCUGUGCAAUUAUUGGUGUGUCCGUGUUUGCCAACAUGCUGGUUACCAACUUCUGGAUGUCCACAGCUAACAUGUACAGUGGCAUGGGUGGGAUGGUGCAGACUGUUCAGACAAGGUACACCUUCGGUGCGGCUCUGUUCGUGGGGUGGGUCGCUGGAGGCCUCACACUAAUUGGGGGAGUGAUGAUGUGCAUCGCCUGCCGUGGCCUGACACCGGAUGAAAGCAACUUCAAAGCCGUGUCUUACCAUGCCUCUGGCCAAAAUGUUGCCUACAAGCCUAGAGGCUUCAAGGCCAACACUGGCUUUGGGUCCAACAUCAGAAACAAGAAGAUAUACGAUGGGGGUGCCCGCACAGAGGAUGAUGAACAAUCUCCUCCUUCCAAGUAUGACUAUGUAUAA